AUGCCUGGUUUGGGCGCGGGUGGGGGGAUAGAGGGAGAGGAGGGGGAGGGGUGGGAGGAGGUGGAGGAAGGGGAGGAAGGGGAGGAAGGGGAGGAGGGAGAGGAGGAGAGUGCGUUGGAGGCAGCUGUGAGGGUGGUAGAGGAGACUAGGGCGACGCUUGUGGAGUGCCAAGGCCACGCCAAUUUCACGCCAUCUAUCAGCUCUCCAUGGUGUGCCCUCCCCAACACCACCUUUCGAUGGCGCCACUACCCUGCAUGCACUGCCCUGCAUGCACUGCCCUGCAUGCUCUGCCCUGCAUGCACUGCCCAGCUCACCGCAAUGCCCUCCAUGUGCCUUCCUCUUUCCCCUACCCGCACCCACAACCGCCUCCCUUCCUUUCACCAGGAGCCCAUUCUGGUCUUCUCCAGCAGCAUGGCGCUCAUCGAAUGCAACGACGCGGCUGUACGGUUGAUGCGAUUCCGCAGCCGAGCAGACGCCCUGGCCAACUUCCGAGUGGCCAAGAUGAGCCCCGAGUUCCAGCCUGAUGGGAGAAGGUCAAGGGAGGCGAUAUUGGGGAUGCACGGAAGGAUGAUGAGUGGCGAGGUGGUGGAUUUUGAGUGGUGUCAUCUUACAGCUGAUGGGCAUCCUAUCAUGGUGCAGGUGAAGGUGAAGAUCAUAGAGAUUGGAGGCGAGUCGUGCCUCUUAGCCGUGUGGCACGACCUCACCGAAUCCAAGCGCAAGGAGGAGGAGCUGCGAGCAGCCAAAGACGCGGCCGAGGCAGCGAGCGAAGCCAAGAACCGGUUCCUGGCGAACAUGAGCCAUGAGCUGCGCACCCCCAUGAAUGGCGUCAUCGGCGUCGCCGAGCUGCUCCUCCGUACGCCCCUCACCCCGCAGCAGCGCUCCUACGUUGAUGUCAUCUGCUCCUCCGGCACGGCGCUCAUCCAUAUCAUAUCGGAUGUGCUGGAUAUCACCAAGAUUGAGGCGCAUGCACUCGUGUUGGACCGGAAUCCAUUUGAUCUACGGAGGACGCUGUCGCAGUGCCUUGCUGUUGUGCGCACCGCUGCUGACGGCAAGGGGCUCAAGCUGCACAGUCGUGUGGGAGAAGGCGUGCCAGCGUGUGUGUUGGGAGAUCAGUUCCGAGUGCGCCAGAUUCUCCUCAACCUGCUCUCCAACGCCAUCAAGUUCACCGACAGGUGUGUGCUGUCAGUGCUGCGUGGAGUGUGGUUGAUGGGUGUGGCGCGCGGUUACAGGGAGUGUGGUAGGUGA